CAGGUAUUUCUUUUAUCCUAGAUAUUUUGCUUCGCUUGUUGCUCUCUUUAUUUUUUGGUAGAUUAUAAAUUUAACUAGUUUUUGUUUUAGCUUUGCUUGUCCUCUCUUUGUUUCUCUGAAGCCAGGGAGAGAGAGACACUCAGUUUGGCUUUCUCCAGUUCGGGAUCUAAUGGCGAGCUGGGUGUUAUCAGAAUGUGGCUUCAAGCCUCUCCCUCAAUUUUGGCCUAGACCCAGAACUGGAAUCAUCAGCCCUUCAAAGCCAAGAUUUUUGUACACAAACAGGACUCUCACAGAUCUAAAAAGGCCCCCUUUUGAUAAGUUUUCAAGAGGGUGUUGUAGGGAGAGAAAUUGGGGGCUUAAAGUGAGUGCUCCAUAUAGAGUUGCAUCAUUAGAUGGGGAGGAAGAUAAUAAAGUUAUUGGCUUUAAUGGGGUUGGGGAAGAUGAGGAAACAGAAUUUGAUCCUGGUUCACCCCCUCCAUUUAAAUUGUCUGAUAUUAGAACUGCUAUACCAAAGCAUUGUUGGGUUAAAGAUCCAUGGAAGUCAAUGAGUUAUGUUGUUAGGGAUGUUGCUGUGGUUUUUGGUUUAGCUGCAGCAGCUGCUUAUUUUAACAAUUGGGUUGUCUGGCCUUUGUAUUGGGCUGCUCAAGGGACAAUGUUUUGGGCACUUUUUGUUCUCGGACACGAUUGUGGCCAUGGGAGUUUUUCUAAUAACAACAAUCUAAAUAGUGUGGUGGGGCAUAUUCUGCAUUCUUCAAUUCUUGUACCUUACCAUGGAUGGAGAAUCAGCCAUAGAACUCAUCAUCAAAACCAUGGACAUGUUGAGAAUGAUGAAUCAUGGCAUCCGCUCCCUGAGAAAAUAUAUAAAAGUUUGGAUGGCAUUACAAAAAUGCUACGAUUCACUGUGCCGUUUCCCAUGCUUGCAUACCCCUUUUAUCUUUGGAGCAGAAGUCCUGGAAAAUCUGGUUCGCACUUUGACCCAAACAGUGAUUUGUUCGUCCCAAGUGAGAGAAAAGAUGUAAUCACUUCCACCUUAUGUUGGACUGCAAUGGCUGCUUUGCUUGUUGGCUUAUCUUUUGUAAUGGGUCCUGUUCAACUGCUAAAACUCUAUGGAGUGCCAUAUGUGGGUUUUGUUAUGUGGCUGGAUUUAGUGACUUACCUGCAUCACCAUGGUCAUGAAGAGAAACUUCCUUGGUAUCGUGGAAAGGAAUGGAGUUACUUGAGGGGAGGGCUUACGACAAUCGAUCGUGACUAUGGAUGGAUUAAUAACAUUCAUCAUGACAUAGGAACACAUGUCAUUCAUCAUCUCUUUCCUCAAAUCCCACACUAUCACUUAAUUGAAGCAACUGAGGCUGCAAGACCAGUGUUUGGGAAAUAUUACCGAGAACCAAAGAAGUCAGGCCCUCUGCCUUUUCAUCUAAUUGGAAUUUUGAUAAGAAGCAUGAGAAAAGAUCACUAUGUUAGCGACACAGGGGAUGUUGUUUACUACCAGACUGACCCUCAAUUUGGUGGCUCUUCAUCAGAGUAAAAUUCCCAGGCCAUCAUCAGCAGAAUCACUAGUACUCAUUCGCCUGACCUAGACAAUUUGUUUGAGCUAGAAGCCAGACUCGAUUAGCAUCAAUAUUUUCCUUUGAGCAAAAUUGAUACCUCCCAGAAAUGAUUGCGGGAGCCCCUUUUUUUUUCAGGGAGAGUGAACAAAUAGGGAAUUUUCUUCAUUAAUGAUGUAAUAGUGAAGGAAAGAAUGCAUAUUUACUCUUCCUUGAAGAGGAAAGGGAAUCAUCUCUUCAUUGGCGAUCUCAUGUGUUAUUUUUCAAUUGAUUUACAAUUGAAAAAGAAAAUGAUAGAAAAUAGUGAAAAAUAUAGCAGUGGCUCCUUUCUACCAUUU